UCACUUGGAGCAGAGAGAAGGAAAACGAGCUAAGAAGUGUUGGGAGGGAAGAGAGGCUUGGGUUCCCCUUGGAUUCUUCCCUUGGGUCCUCCUACCUUCGCGCCCAUCCCUGGUCCCGCAAGGGUUAAACUAGCAGAGAGCAGAGGUUCGGGCUGACGUCGCUCCGGCUGAAGGUGGUUCCCCUCCGAGGAGGGUGCGAGAGCCCGAGAGGCGCUGAAACCCGAGCUCCCACUCAGCCGGGGCCUGGGGAGGUCCUGUAAGGGCUCCCGCGUCUCUCCUCUUGCGCCCCGGUCACUCGGGCACCUCCACGGGAGAGAUGGAGCAGCUGGACCGCUGGGCGCAGUUGGGGCUUCUCUUCCUGCAGCUCCUUCUCAUCUCUUCCUGGCCAAAAGAAUACACAGUCAUUAACGAAGGCUGCCCCGGAGCUGAGUGGAACAUUAUGUGUCGGGAAUGUUGCGAAUACGAUCAGAUUGAGUGUGUCUGCCCCGGCAAGAAAGAAGUUGUGGGUUACACUAUCCCUUGCUGCAGGAAUGAGGAGAACGAGUGUGACUCCUGUCUGAUCCACCCAGGUUGUACCAUCUUUGAAAACUGCAAGAGUUGCCGCAAUGGCUCAUGGGGAGGCACUCUGGACGACUUCUACAUCAAGGGCUUCUACUGCGCAGAGUGCCGAGCGGGCUGGUAUGGCGGAGAUUGCAUGAGAUGUGGCCAGGUUCUUCGAGCCCCAAAGGGUCAGAUUUUGCUGGAGAGCUAUCCCUUGAAUGCUCGCUGUGAAUGGACCAUUCAUGCCAAACCUGGGUUUAUCAUCCAACUGAGGUUUGUCAUGCUGAGCCUGGAGUUUGACUACAUGUGCCAGUAUGAUUACGUGGAGAUCCGCGAUGGAGACGGCAGUGACAGCCCCAUUAUCAAGCGCCUCUGUGGCAAUGAGCGACCAGCACCUGUCCGGAGCACGGGCCCUGCACUCCAUGUCCUCUUCCGUUCUGAUGGCUCCAAGAAUUUUGAUGGCUUCCAUGCCGUUUUUGAGGAGAUCACAGCCUGUUCAUCAUCCCCUUGUUUGCAUGAUGGCACAUGCCUCCUGGAUGCGAGUGGAUCUUAUAAAUGUGCCUGCUUGGCAGGCUAUACUGGGCAGCGCUGUGAAAACUUUCUGGAGUCUGGGAAGUCCAGGAUCAAGGCCCUGGAAGACUCUUCAGUUGUUCUAGAAGAACGAAACUGUUCAGAGCUUGGAGGCCCAGUCAAUGGAUACAAGAAAAUAACUGGAGGGCUUGGGCUUCUCAAUGGGCAUUAUGCAAAAAUCGGCACCGUUGUGUCAUUCUUUUGUAACAACUCCUAUAUUCUUAGUGGCAACGAGAAAAGAACUUGCCAGCAAAAUGGAGAGUGGUCAGGGAAACAGCCCAUAUGCAUAAAAGCCUGCCGAGAACCAAAGAUUUCAGACCUGGUGAGAAGGAGGGUACUUCCAAUGCAAGUUCAAUCAAGGGAGACACCAUUACAUCAGCUCUACUCAACAGCCUUCAGCAAGCAGAAACUGCAGGACGCCCCUACCAAGAAGCCAGCACUCCCAUUUGGGGACCUGCCUACUGGGUACCAACAUCUGCACACCCAGCUCCAGUAUGAGUGCAUCUCCCCCUUCUACCGCCGCCUGGGCAGUAGCCGGAGGACUUGUCUGCAGACUGGGAAGUGGAGUGGGCGGGCACCGACCUGCAUUCCUAUCUGUGGGAAAAUUGAGAACACCACUUCUCCAAAGACACCAGCGAGCCGCUGGCCAUGGCAGGCAGCCAUCUACAGGAGGACCAGUGGAGUACAGGAGGGCAGCCUGCACAAGGGCUCCUGGUUUCUGAUCUGCAGCGGUGCCCUGGUGAACGAGCGCACCGUGGUGGUAGCUGCCCAUUGUGUUACUGACCUGGGGAAGGUCAGCGUCAUCAAGACGGCAGACCUCAAAGUUGUCCUGGGAAAAUUCUACCGGGAUGAUGACCGGGAUGAGAAGACCAUCCAGAGCUUGCAGAUUUCUGCUAUCAUUCUGCAUCCCAACUACGAUCCCAUACUGCUCGAUGCUGACAUUGCAAUCCUGAAGCUCCUGGACAAGGCCCGCAUCAGCACCCGUGUCCAGCCCAUCUGCCUCGCCUCCACCCGGGACCUCAGUGUCUCCUUCCAGGAUUCCCACAUCACUGUGGCUGGCUGGAACAUCCUAGCAGAUGUGAGGAGCCCUGGUUUCAAGAAUGACACCCUGCGCUCCGGGACGGUCAGGGUAGUGGACUCACUGCUGUGUGAGGAGCAGCACGAAGACCAUGACAUCCCAGUGAGCAUCACUGACAACAUGUUCUGUGCCAGCCAGGACCCUGCCACCCCUUCUGAUAUCUGCACUGCAGAGACAGGGGGCAUCGCAGCUGUGUCUUUCCCAGGCAGAGCAUCUCCUGAACCACGCUGGCACCUGGUAGGGCUGGUAAGCUGGAGCUAUGACAAAACAUGCAGCCAUAGCAUCUCCACCGCCUUCACCAAGGUGCUGCCUUUUAAAGACUGGAUUGAGAGAAACAUGAAGUGAGCCACUGCAGGCCCACUGGGAAGCUCCCUUGUGCAUCCAUCCUCACAGAUGCUGUGUGAUGUGGUGCAAACCUGAAGUGUGAUUUUGCCCGUGAACUUGGCUUUGCCAGGGCUUCUGAUUUCAGGGACACAGCUCAGUGGAGGUUAGGAAAUGCUCAGUUUUUGGUGGGCCACUGCCUUCCUGACUGCAUGACCUGACCAUGUGGAAGAUACCAGAACUGAGUUUCUUCAAAGAAGACCAUAUGAAUAGACCGAAGAACCUCCCCAUUGAACUGACCUGAUGGCCUUCCAGCCACUCAGAAAUGCAACUAUCAGGUCCAGCUGUGGUUGAGAGAGGGCGGGUCUAGGGGCACGCUGGGCUUCAUGGCACCUCUUUUGAGGCUCCAGCUAAACCAACUUUCAAACAGCUACCUGCAGGACAUUCCAAGGCAAUGGAGCUUGGACAGUGCAUGCUUUUGUGGAUAUUGCUACAGUGCCAUCUGGGUCUUGUCCUUUCCGAUCUCCUGUACACAUUUUAAUAAAACAUAGGUUGGCUUCGAACCUACA